CCACAAUUUUAAAGUUAAUAUAAUUGCCAAAAACCAUUGGAUUGUAUACUCUGAGUGGAUGAAUUGUAUGGUAUGUGAAUUAUAUCUUAGUAAAGCCUUUUGGAAAAAAAAAAAAGAGAAAAUGAAGACAUUGUCAGACUUAAAAAGCUGAAAGAAUUCAUUAUCAGCAGACCCACAUUGCAGGAAAUGUUAAGAGAUGGCCUUCAGGGAGAAAGGAAAUGAAACCAAGUGGAAAUCUGGAUCUACAGGAAAGAAUGAAAAGCAGUGGCAAUGGUAACUACGUAGCUUCCUCUUCUCAGGAUCUCCCGUUAGUCAAAAAAGCAUCAUCAAGAACAAGAAGGGGAUGGAGGCCGAGUCAGUACCUGCCGGGUCCCACACACUGGUGACCUUCAGGGAUAUACUUGUGAACUUCACCAGGGAGGAGUGGAAGCUGCUGGACUCUGCUCAGCAGAUCAUGUAUAAAGAUGUGAUGCUGGAGAACUAUAAGAACCUGGUUUCCUUGGGGCAUCAGCUUCCUAAACCACACGUGAUCCUCCAGUUGGAGAAAGGGGAAGAGCCGUGGCUGGUGGAGAGAGGGAUUCACCAGGAGACCCAGGCAGAUUUGGAGACUGCAGUUGAAAUUAAAUCAAUUUCCAGUAAGAGCAUUUCUAAAAAUAAACAGUCCUGUGGCAUUAAAAUGGAAGGAAUUGCAAAGAAUGAUCUUUGGUACUUGUCAUUAGAAGAAGUCUGGAGAUGUGAAGACCAGUUGGACAAGUAUCAGGAAAACCAGGAGAGACAUUUGAGGCAAGUGGCGUUCACCCAAAAGAAAGUACUUACUCAGGAGAGGGUCUGUGAAAAUGGUAAAUAUGGGGGAAACUGUCUUCUUCCUACUCAGCUGGUACUGAGAGAAUAUUUCCACAAACAUGACUCACAUACUAAAAGUUUAAAACAGAAUUUAGUUUUUAGCAGUCAUCAGGAAAGCUAUGCAGGUAGCAGUGAAUGUGGUCCAACCUUCUGUCAAAACAUUCACCUUAUUCAGUUUGCAAGAACCCAGCCAGGAGAUAAGUCCUACAAAUGCCCUGAUCCUGUGAACUCUCUUACCAGUGGUACAUCCCUCGGUAUAUCAAAGGGUGUACAUAGGGAGAAACCCUAUGAAUGUAAGGAGUGUGGAAAAUUCUUCAGCUGGCGCUCUAACCUUACCAGGCACCGGCUUAUUCAUACUGGAGAAAAACCCUAUGAGUGUAAAGAAUGUGGAAAAUCUUUCAGCCGGAGUUCUCACCUCAUUGGGCAUCAGAAGACGCACACUGGUGAAGAGCCCUAUGAAUGUAAGGAGUGUGGGAAGUCCUUCAGCUGGUUUUCUCACCUUGUCACGCAUCAGAGAACUCACACAGGAGACAAACUCUACACAUGUAGCCAGUGUGGGAAAUCUUUCGUUCACAGUUCCAGGCUUAUUAGGCACCAGAGAACUCAUACUGGAGAGAAACCUUAUGAAUGUCCUGAGUGUGGGAAGUCUUUCAGACAGAGCACGCAUCUCAUUCUGCAUCAGAGAACUCACGUGAGAGUGAGGCCCUAUGAAUGUGAUGAGUGUGGGAAGUCUUACAGCCAGAGAUCUCACCUUGUGGUACACCACAGAACUCACACGGGACUGAAGCCCUUCGAGUGUAAAGACUGUGGAAAAUGCUUCAGUAGAAGCUCUCACCUGUUCUCCCAUCAGAGAACCCACACUGGAGAGAAACCAUAUGAAUGCCACGAUUGCGGGAAAUCUUUCAGCCAGAGUUCUGCCCUCAUUGUGCAUCAGAGAAUUCAUACUGGAGAAAAGCCAUAUGAAUGUUGCCAGUGUGGAAAAGCCUUCAUCCGGAAGAACGACCUUAUUAAGCAUCAGAGGAUUCAUGUUGGGGAAGAGACCUAUAAGUGUAAUCAGUGUGGUAUUAUCUUCAGCCAGAACUCUCCACUGAUUGUACAUCAGAUAGCCCACACUGGAGAGCAGUUCUCAACAUGUAACCAGUGUGGGACAGCGCUCGUCAGUAGCCCUAACCUGGUUUGAUACCAGACCAGUCACAUUAGAGGAAAUGCUUAUUAGUAUAGUGAAUGUGGAGAGUUCUUUACAAAGAGCAAUAACUUUAUUUUGCAUUGGAAACUCUGGAAAAGAGCUGUGUAGACAUAAUCUGUGUAGAAAUGCUGUCAGUCUUGUUAUCCUUUUGUGCACUUGAGAGCUGGUCCUAGAAGGGGAAAUAACCCACAGAUUUCAUUUUAGUACACAAAUACAUCAGCCUUUCUUUCCACAAAUUCCUACAAAAGCAGUUGUCCUUGGAGCAUUCUUGACCAAGCCUUAAAAUGCUAAAAUCUGAGAGGGAACCAUUAAUUAGGUGAGUUGUUGAGAGAUUAACCAACUUUGUUACCUUCUUCAAAAAGGUAAAUCAAUGAGUGUUGCUACUGCAAUGAAUAAAAAAAUUGAUACACAAAAGUGGAAAAAUAGUAUUCCAGCCCCCCCCCCCUUUCUUACUUAAUUGUCCUCUUCUGGGACGUUUAGUAGUGUUUACUCUGUUUUAUGUGUCUGAUUUAAACCACAUUUUGGUUAGCAGCAGGGAAAAUGUUUAUAAUGUAAAGCAGAAAAAGAAAACAUUUAUUAGUAAUGGUACUUACUUUAAAUAUAUUUGCAUGUGGGCAAGAAUUGGAAAAGUAUUCAUGGAUAAAUGACCAGAAAUGAUUUGUUAGGUAAUGGGAUUGAGUGAGUUUUAUAGUUUAUUCCAUGUCCCUCUGAUAAUUAUUUGAAGAUAUUUUUGAAUAGUAAGAAAAGGAUAUCCAGCUUCUCUAUUCUAUCAUCAGGGAUGCUCAAGAAUCAUCUGUUAGCAGCCUUUCCCAUUCUGUGUUAUUUUGGGACAUAGUUAGAGUUUGUCUCUAACUAUUUGUCUCUUUGAGACAGGGUGCUAAAUGCUUCUGGGAAUUUAGAAACAGUGAUUCUGUGGGCAUUGGGAUCUAGAGGAAGAUUAGGUAUUUGAGCACACCAGGAAAGGUCCCCGUCUGAGUGGGAGCAGGUACUUGGGCCAUACUUAGAGCAGCUGUGGUCACGAAAUAAACAGCUCUGCCCAAGCCCCUCCUUCCAAGGUGGUCCUUCAUCUUUAUAAAGGGAACAUAGUGGUUAAAUAGCAUAAGCUUGAGGUAGACUACCCAAGUUGAAAUUUCACCUCUGUCCUUAUCUUGCUGAGUGAGCUUGGGCAUGCUGCCUAAUGUCUCUGUGCCUAACUUACAGAAUCUGCUUCUGUAAAUUAGGGAUAUUACUUACCUGGUAGGAUGUGGUGGGUAUUAAGUGGGUAAACACAUAAGCAGCUUUAUGAUUUAUACAUAAGUGCUUUAUGAUUGCUAGCUAUGGUGCUUGUGUUGUCGUGGCCCAACCGUGGUGUGUGCCAUUGAACUUUAACCUGCCUGAGUGUAAGAGCUCGUAGUGCUGGCUUCCCUCCCAGCCACGUUUCCCUCUUAUCUCCGUCAGCCCUUAGCCUGAGGAAAGCCCUGCCUGUAGUGGGUGUGUAGACUCAUUUCUGAGGAGCAGUAAACAACUUGUAGUAUUGUAUGCAAAGUCAUCUUGUUUGUAGAGAGGUUUUCUUUUCUAGGGAGAGGAGCCUAAUCUUCAGAUUCUGUGGUAAGUUCAUGCUAAAAGUCCCUGCUAAAAAGAUUUAGCAAGAGAACUUGUUUAAAUUCUUUCUGUAAAUGGAUCUCCUGUGUGUAGGGACUAGACGUUAUCUUCCAUUUGCAUAUAACAGGAUAUAUGUUAGGUGCUUAAUGAUUGAGGGUUGAAAGCUAAAUAUUUUUGAGAGCAAGAGGACAAAGAUCUUGAUGCCUGCCUCACAGGAAAGCUCUAGAAAUGAUUGCUAAUGUCAUGAGACUUGGGAUCCACAGGGAACGUAAGACCAUCUAACUCGUACUCUUCAUCAUACAGUUGAGAAACGGUGAGUUGGCGCAGGUCUUACAUUUUGAGUAGUCAGGCCCAGAACUAGACUCUGUUCCCUCAGUUACUACUGCUGUCCUUGGUGCAUUUAUACCAGUGGCACGUAUAAUAUGCUCCUGUCAGGAGUUUUCAUGAUAAGCAGCGGUUCUUCAUGGGAGUGGAAGAGUAGCCCCUUAGCUUGGUUUCUGUUAACCUGUGGCUCAAUUUUCCUCAACUGUGUAAUGGAGGUACUUCUAGUACCUACCUCAGAGGAUUGUUGUGUGGAUUAAGUGAGAUAAUGUGUAUAAAGUAUUUAAAACAGUGCCUGGCACACAAGUACUGUAUGUGUUAGCUACUGCUACUAUUACUAACAGUAACACACUAAGGAGUGUAGGAAGAGAGAAAUGUCUGUGGAUGAUCACUGAAAUAUUACUUAUAAUAGUCCAGAAAUUUGCAGUAUAAAAUGUAUAGUAGCAAAAUGGUUAUUUAUAGCAUAUCCAUUGUCAUGGAAUAUUAUGCAGACAUCAAAAUCAUGGAGACAAAGUUAACAGAAAUGUUGAUGCUAUCAUGUGUUUUGAAGAAAGCAUGAUAAAUAAGUGUUAAUAUGGAGUAAACUCAGAUGUAAAAAUAAAUGAAUUGUAAAUAAAUGAAUCUUGCUCAAAA